AUGACUUCACUCAACAUACCGGCCGUGGCCGCAGCCUUGGUCCUACUGGUCAUCGUGUACGAAAGAAUCAUCAAGCCCGCGUUUCUGUCACCACUUGCCAAGAUACCAGCACCGCAUUGGAGUUGUCAUGUUGCGCCCUUCUGGCUCUGGUGGGCGAAGCUCACCCAUCGGGAAAACGGACUCGUCUACAAGAACCAUAUGGCCAAGGGCAAGGCCCUGCGACUUUCACCAGGCCUGGUCAGUCUCAAUUGCUUCGAGGGAGGCUUGAAGCAGAUUUACCUAGGAGGAUUCCCCAAGACCGAGUUCUACUGGCGGGGCUUCGCCAACUACGGUACUCACAAUAUCUUUACCUUUGAAGACAAUGCCACGCACUCGGCCCGCAAACGAAUCAUUUCCGGUACCUUUUCCAAGUCCUUCAUCCUUGCCGAUGCCACAAGCCAAGCUUCGAUGAAGAAGAUCCUGUUCGGCAGGCUGUUGCCCAAAGUCGACGCCGCGGCAAAGCGAAACGAGGCUCUUGAAGUGCUCGAGCUCUUCUACUCGUACUCGAUGGACUCAUUUGUCACUUGGCAGUUUGGAAGCAAGCUGAGCAGUAACUUGAUUGAGGACGAAAAGGAAAGACGGUUAUACCUGGACGGAUUCUUCGCUGCAGCUCCAUACACCUUCUGGCAGUACGAGUUCCCACGACUCAACAGUUGGCUCAAGUUGCUUGGCAUCAUCCCCAAAAAGGUCGACAGUGGCUUUCACGACAUCGAACAAUGGAACCUUGAAAAGUGCGACAAGGCGCAAGAGCUCUUGGCUCAAGGAGAAGACAAGCUGAAGGAUGAAGACAAGCCCGUCGUCAUGUCCCUCGCCCUCAAAGCCAUGAGCAACACCCAUGCCGAAUCUCGCCAAUAUCCACAGCGACUGGACAUUGCCAGCGACAUGUUUGCGCACAAUUCGGCAGCACACGAGACCAGUGGAAACACGUUGACAUACUGUUUCUACGAGCUGUCCCAGAGGCCCCAACUACAAGCGAAACUUCGACAAGAGCUUCUCACGCUUGACCCUCCGCUGUAUUUCCCUCCUCCCGAUGGCAAGGAACUGGUGCUCCCUGAGCCCAAAGCCCUCGACAAGUUGCCGCUGCUUGAAGCCGUGAUUCUGGAAUCUCUGCGCCUGUACCCGUCUGUUCCAGGUGGCCAGCCCCGUCGUGUACCAAAACCCUGCUCCCUUGGGGGCUACGAUGGUAUCCCGGUCGGCACUACAGUCCAAUGCUACGCGUACUCGCUUCACCGUACACCCGAGAUCUUCCCAGAGCCCGACGAGUGGAAGCCUGAGAGGUGGAUUGACUCGUCUUCUGAGCAGCUGAGCCAAAUGCGUCGUUGGUUUUGGGCGUUUGGGAGUGGCGGCAGAAUGUGCAUCGGAAGCAAUUUCGCAUACUUUUCUAUGAAAAAUGUUGUUGGAAGUGUAUACACCAACUAUACGACCUCGUUGCAUGACCAUGGAAGCAUGGAGCUUGAAGACGCGUACCUCGCGGGUCCCGCCGGCCACCGCCUGGAGAUCAAGUUCACUCGUGUUAAGGAAUAA